AGAAGCCUUACCAGAAGCUUGCGAGCCCUCCCAAGAAGUCCUGGAGUCCAUUGCCCUCUGAUCCGUAGCCAUUGUGGCUGAUGCCGGCAGGGGUUGCCCCAACCGGGGUAAGAGAGGAAUAUAGUCGGAUCCGUUACCGUAAUAGAGCAUUCAUUUUUCAUGGUCGCGAUACUCCCUGGCCGAUUGAUCGUCUUGCUGCAGUACUUGCGCUGCGCCUCCGCCGUGACGGUCAGACGAAGCAGGACAGAGCCGGCGGUGAAUCCCCAGGACUACGCAGCGAACGGGGUUGGAUACAAGGACGGGAUAAGGUACGAUGAGAUUGUCUCGCCCGCGGCGGCGCUGGGCCGGAUGUGGGGCAGGCUUUGGAGGACGCAGAGCAGGGAGGACUACAUGAUCAUGAAUCUCUCCAGCCCAGGCAUGUGCUUCCCUACGCCCCUGGGUGGCGUGGUCAGGGAGAACUGGAAGCUCGUGGAGGGCAACAUUGAGCGUGGGAGAAGGAUGGCAGCGGAGGUGAAGGUAGUGUUUGCUGGGCUCGUGCGCGACGCUGGAGAAUCUAUCAUCCCCGCCUACGUUGCUCUCAAGGUUCUUGCUCGCCAGUUCAAGGAUUACCAUUUCUUCGUCUUGGAGAACGACUCGCGGGACCAGACAAAGCGAUGGUUACGAGUAGCUAGUGAAAGAGAUCCCAGAUUCGAGUGCAAGUCUGAAAAUUUGAUGCUCGGCAAUGACAGGGGCGUUGAGCCAUCUAGAUUCCAGCGCAUGGCUGCAUUGCGGAACAGGUUGCUCGAUUGGAUCGGGGAAUUCGUGCAGCAGAGCUCUGGUUGGGAUUUGAUCGUUAUGGUAGAUUUUGAUAUUUUCAAAUAUGGGCCAUUCGCUAUUUCGUCACAUUCCUUCUUCUCCUUGUUGGGGCGCAAAGAGACUGCGAGACGCGAGUGGGACAUGGUGUGCGCGAAUGGCCUUUACAAAACUGAGAACAAAGACGUUCCAUACGGCAUGUACGAUUGUUUCGCUUUCCGCACAAAGAAGAACGACACGUUCAAUGCAGGGGAUUGCCCCAGGGAUAAAGAGCAGGGCAUGAAGCUGUGGGCCGGGUACGACUUGGUCCCGGUGCACUCUUGCUUCGGUGGGAUGGCUGUAUACAGAUCUGAGGCGUUGUUCCAGUGCCGUUAUGAUCCAGGUGUGUACGAUUGCGAACACGUGCCGUUACAUCAAUGCAUGCGCAAGCAUGGAAGCGAGAAUCGGAUGUUCAUGGACACUAUGUUGACGACCGCUUACGUCGCAAAUGGUCAUGGGCAUGACUACGACGACUCUGUCCACCAAGAGUGUCUUUCUGGCAGCUGGGCUGAGAUCAAAAAAGAACCGUCUCGCUAACACCGAGGUCAACGCAUGCGAAUUGCGGAUGAACAGGGCAUAGAAAGAGCGUGUAGAGAUGGGAGACGGAUUGCACCAUGCAUUUUCUAAACUCGGAUGGAGCUCGAUCUGUUCCUCUUCGAUCUGGGUUUGCGAUUGACCACGGUGUCGCGUUUUGUCCAGGCAGGCACUCGCGUGUGGCGCUUGACCGCGAGAAAUGUUCGACUGAGAGACUGCACCACUUGCAAUCUCCAAUGGCCGUCCCCCUUGCCCCACCCCCCUCCUGGAUCGCCGCCGGUCAGUGG